UCAUUGAAAACUUGUCUAAUUCAUUGUAUUUGUGUUAAAAAUAAUAAACAAUUAAAGUAUUACAUAGAAAAUAUUUUAAAAGGUGGUUGUGCCUACCCCCCCCCCCCCCUCCUCGCGGCCAAACGGCAAAGCAAACUUGUAUUUUUAUUUCGUUGCUCUCGGAAACUAGAAAAGUGAUUGUAAUUUUUGACUAUAAAACAUUAAUUUUGUCAAUUCGUAUUGCCAAGAUCAUGUCGGGCGAAGAACAUAAUAUUGACACCGAUGAAAGUGAAGAUGAUGAAGAAAAAAUGGAUGAAGGAGAAGAAGUUUCCAGAAAUUUGGAUGCAGAUGAAGUAGACAUUGAUCUGACUCACUGCAGAAUUAAAAGAAUUGAAAAUUUUGAUCAUUUAACAUCUGUUGAAACCCUUUGCUUGAGAAAUAACUUAAUAAAAAAGAUUGAAAAUCUUACCAUGCUUACUACUUUAAGGGAGCUGGAAUUAUAUGAUAAUCAGAUAACAAAAAUUGAAAAUCUUGAUGUAUUAGUGAAUCUAGAAAUUCUGGAUAUUUCAUUUAACAGAAUUACUAAAAUUGAAAAUUUAAGUAAUUUAGUAAAUUUAAGGAAGUUGUUUUUAGUGAACAACAAAAUCACUAAAAUAGAAAAUUUAAAUCAUUUAGAAAGUUUGGAAAUGUUGGAGUUGGGUGCAAAUAAAAUAAGGGUAAUUGAAAAUCUAGAGGGAUUGAAAAAUUUGACCAAUUUAUUUCUUGGGAAGAAUAAGAUUUCAAAAAUUCAGAAUUUGGAAUCUUUGGAAAAUCUAGAACUCUUGAGCUUACAGAGCAACAGAAUUACAAAGAUUGAAGGAUUGGACAGUUGUUUGAAACUUGAGCAUUUGUAUUUGAGUCAUAAUGGAGUCAAGGAAAUGGAAGGAUUGCAAUGCAAUGUGAAAUUAAAGACGCUUGAUUUAACGAGUAAUAAAGUUAAAAGAAUCAGCAAUUUAGAACAUCUUGAAGAGCUUGAAGAGUUUUGGUUUAAUGAGAAUGCAAUUGAUUCCUGGGAAAGCUUGGAUGUCUUAAAGAAGUUCAAGAAUCUUGAAACUGUUUACCUAGAAAAUAACCCAAUUGCAUGUGAUCCAAUGUACAGAAAAAAAAUCAUGCUUUUGGUUCCUUGGGUCAAGCAGAUAGAUGCAACAAUGACCAAUGCAUAAGUUGAAUGCUUCAAACUUGAUGGCGGUGAUUGUAUUUUUUGAUUCUGCAUUUAAUUUUAAACGAUUGUAUAUUUCAUCAUCUAAUGUCAGUUCAUUUAACUUUCACUAUCUUUUAAAUAUCAAUUUAAAAUUGCUAAAAUUUUGUUCAUCUUAUGUCUAAAAUGUGGCUAAGUGUUAUUACCAAAAAAGGGUUGAUGCAUUAAGCUGUCAAAUGUGUAAAUAAAUUUGUUCUUCUCU